UUUCAUUAGUAAACAAAAAAAAGUUCGUCCCUUUUUUUUAUAUAUAGUGCCAUCUUCUUCUUUUUCGAUCUUCUUAAUUCUCAUUACAACUUUUUGAUCUUUCUCUCCCUAAAAUGAAGCUCUCUCUGCGUUUGGUCUCAGCCCUUUUCCUCUCCUUCAUGCUCCUCCUUGCCACAGGAAUGGGUCCAGCAGUGGAAGCAAGAACGUGCGAGUCACCGAGUGGGAGGUUUCAAGGAGUUUGUCUCAACUCAAAGAACUGUGCCUCUGUUUGCCCCAGCGAAGGUUUCUCAGGUGGUCAUUGCAGUAGCCUUCGUUGCUACUGCACCAAAAAGUGCUAAUUUUUCAAUUAUUUUUUUUUAUUCUAACGAUGAAAAAAAAAACCAAUUUGAGACUUUCUUAAUUGAAAAGAGCAAUUUGUUUUGUGAUAUUUGUACAUAGAGCAAUCUCAAGGUUUUAUAUAAUGAUGGCUUUUUUUUUUUUUUUAGUAAGAGUUUUAAAUCUUCAUGUAUUUGACUUAAAAUUCUGCUAUUAUAAUAUGUAUAUCUUAUACAAUCCACCCCUGUAAAUCCAAUGUCGUUAUUUAUAUAUUAUUUGUCAACAUAAUCAUGAAAAUGAAAUUAACUAAUUACAGUGUAUGUAAAAAAAACUAAUGUAUAAUAUACUGCAUAUGAGUUCU